CCCGGGUACACGCGGUCAGGGCGGGCAGCACCGCCUCCGCCAACGUGAGGAGUAGGGCCGGCCCAGGCCUGGAUCCCGCCUCCCGGAGCCCGGCCCGCCCUGCGGAUGUGGCGCCGCGAUCAGGCGGUUCUUAAAAGAUGAAGGAGACUUGGUCUUUCUUGGAUACUUUUGAGCCUAACUUCAGGCCUCUGGUAGUAAUUGAGCUUGCAAAAGGCACCAAAAAGGAAACCAUAGAAUGGUUCACUAAAAGAAUAGUGGACAAAAAGGCCGAUGGAGGUGCACAACUACUGAUUAAACCGUUGGUUACAGAAAAUGGAGAUGAAAAUAUUUAUCUAGUUGGAGCUUCCCACUUAAGGCUGUUGCUGGGAGCUGAAACUGUGGGUUUGGUGAAGGAGUGCAAUGAUAACUCAAUGAGAAGUUUCACAUACAGCAGUAGAAAAACUUUCAAAGAUUUUGCAGAUGACAACCACAAUUUCCUUACGAUGUCAGAAUGUCAGUAUAUCGUCAAACACGAGCUUGAAAACUUGAGAGCUAGAGAUGAAAAAAUGAUCCCUGGAUAUCCACAGGCAAAGCUAUAUCCAGGAAAAUCAAUUGUGAGAAGAUUAUUGACCAAUGGUAUUCUACUUCAGAUUUUCCCACUCCAUGACAGAGAAGAACUGAAAAAGCUCCGACACACCUGGUAUGGCCGAGUCAAAAUUGGCUAUCAACCUUUAGAUGAGAUACGCUCCUACUUUGGUGAAACCAUUGCUCUCUACUUCGGCUUCUUAGAGUAUUUCACGUUUGCGUUGAUUCCGAUGGCUAUCAUUGGAAUUCCUUACUAUGUGUUUGCAUGGGAAGAUUAUGACAAAUACGUAAUGUUUGCCACAUUCAACCUGCUCUGGUCCACUGUGAUCCUGGAAGUUUGGAAGCGGAUUUGCGCUGUGAUGACAUACCGCUGGGGGACACUGCUGAUGAAGCGGCAGUUUGAAGAACCAAGGCCAGGUUUCCAUGGUGCUUUGGGUGUCAAUCCUGUCACUGGGAGGGAGGAACCAGUGUACUCAAGCAUUAAGAGACAGUUACGCAUUUAUCUGGUGUCCGUACCAUUUGUGUGCCUUUGCCUGUACUUCUCACUGUAUGUGAUGAUGAUUUACUUUGACUUGGAACAGUGGGCUCUGGAUUAUCAUGAGGAAGAUAAGUCUACCUUCAGCAGCUUGAUGCUGUACGUGCCCAGUAUCAUAUAUGCUGUCGUGAUUGAAAUUAUGAACCGUAUCUAUAGGUACGCUGCCGAAUUCUUAACAUCAUGGGAAAAUCACAGGCUGGAGUCUUCAUAUCAGAAUCACUUAGUUCUGAAGGUUUUAGUGUUCAACUUCUUGAAUUGUUUUGCAUCUCUCUUCUACAUUGCCUUUGUGUUGUUUGAUAUGAAACUUCUGAGACAGAGCUUGGCCACUUUGCUGAUAACUUCACAGAUCCUCAAUCAGUUCGCGGAAUCCCUGCUUCCUUACUGGCUCCAAAAGAGACAUGUGAAGAAGAUGAAGAAACACAUUCAUUCUCCAAAAACAGAUAUGGACCUGUCAUUGGUUGAACAAAUCAACUUGGAAAAAGAAAUGUGCACCUAUUUUGGUACAUUUGAUGAUUACUUGGAGUUGUUUUUACAGUUUGGCUACGUCAGUCUUUUCUCGUGUGUUUAUCCACUGGCUGCUGUCUUUGCAGUGUUAAACAAUGUCACAGAGAUAUAUUCUGAUGCCUUAAAAAUGUGCAGAGUUUACAAGCGUCCAUUUGCAGAACCCACAGCCAAUAUUGGCGUUUGGCAGUUGGCUUUUGAAACUAUGAGUGUAAUCUCAGUAGUUACUAACUGCAUACUGAUUGGAAUGUCUCCACAAGUGAAUGCCCUUUUCCCAGACUCAAAAAUGGACCUUGUUCUGACUGUGGCUUUGGUAGAGCACUUGCUGCUAGCAAUAAAGUUUGUCAUGGCGUUUGUAAUUCCUGAUAAACCAAGGGAGAUACAGAUAAAGCUGGCCAAAUUGGAAUUUGAAUCUCUAGAGGCUCUCAAACAACAGCAAAUGAAACUGGCUGCUGAGUCACUGAAGGAGUAAACACAGAGGAAUGAGGAUGACUACAGCAGUCACAUGUGGACGUGGGCACUCCUUGAGCCUUUGUUUAUGAUGCUGCGUAGCUCUCAGUGCACACCUGCUUGUAUGAUACCUGGUAAAUACUCACUGCUAAAGGCUGUGAAAGAGAUCAUUUUUCCUUCUCCUCUAUUUUUUCCCCUACGUGCACCAGUUUGUGAAGCUGACACUACAUGAAGCUGACCAGCCUGCACAAGGUCUGGUUGAAGGCUGCCAGACCCACCGCACUUCACCUGAUGGAAAACAGAGCUUGGGAUAAGCAUCCUCAAGUCACCUGGAGACUUCAGCUAUAACCUUGUGAAAGAAAACAGAAAGAAGAAGGUGGAGCAGUGCUUAAUUCAGUGCUGUGCCUCUUGGGCCCGUGGCCUGCUUUGUCCCUUUAUGAUGAUAGUUAAUCAAUCCUCUCUUUUAUUCAACCACUGCUGAUUAGCUACGUUUUGCACAUAGCAAGUUAAUUUGCAUCAUGUAAUGACAUAUGAUUGUUCCUGACAUAACAUGAGAAAUAUUUAAACAUAAGGUGUGCAUUACAUGCUACUCUGUGCUGGUUACCUAUAUAAGAGUGACUUAAAGUCUUCCCCAAAGCCAAGUAAAAGCAUUGGGUAUGAAACAGUACUGAGCAGUAACUUACGAAGAUUAAGCAGCAGAUAUUUAUGUAUUGAUUUUUUUCUUUUACGUUUGCUUUUGGUGUCACUUCCUUGAACCUUGAACCACAGUGUUGUAUUCAUGGCUGUUCUGGUUAAAUGAACUCACAGAAACAGUGCAAUUAAACAUGACAUACAAGUACCCAUUUGCCCAGUGAACAUUCAUGUAUUUCUUUUCAGCCCUGCAUUUCACAAACCAGUCACUUUUAUAGCAUUUCAUCGCUUUCUGGCAGUCACAGGACCAAAAUCUCCCCUAGCCAUGGGUAAUCUUUGCAGUAGGUGCACCUCACCCAUUCAUGACACACCUGGGGCUGGGUGUGAAGUCACCAUUGCAGAUUUCUGCCCUGUGUCUUGCUCCUGCAUGGUUAUAGUGAGGAAUCUGGUGGAUGGUUCCUUCUGAUAUAUGUGAGCCUAUACAGGCUGCUGUGACUGGAGCCUGCUGUCUUCUGCUUAGUACUGCUUUCAGAGUGUGAAGUGGGCAGGUUUGUGAUGGCAGCUGCAUGAGCCAUCUGUGAAAACGCCCCAGGAUUGGCUGGAAAAGGAAUCAGGUUGUGUCUCAGCUGUAAUCACAUGAAAGAAGUAAUGGCUCAUGCAAAGCUUUGUACUUGUCUUUGUAGUCGUUACAUUCUUCCAGUUUUCUACAGCCCAACAGGAAAAUCUGUAGUAAAGUUUGGGUACCUGGUGAUGUGAGCAGCCUUGGCAGCUGUCCUUGCCUUGAGCAAAUCCAUUCACUUCUGCUGAGUCUUCUUACCUAGAAAUGGGGAUGAUAACAUUCCUUGGGGUGGAUUCUCUGCCUACAGCCAGGUGGUGUAGAGGCACUACCACCUCUGUAGUGUGAGUGAGGACUAUGGCAAUCCUUUGUGUUACAGAGUAGUUUGUCCCAGAGAACUCACUAUGCAGCAGCUGCAAUGCUAAAAUAAUAACAGAGCAUUUUUUGUUCAUGGAGAACCAUUACCUGGAUGGUGCUGUGUUGUAUUUUGUCACUGAACUGCUCCUGAAACAUGAGAAUGAAUAAAUAAGGUAUUUACUGGUGA